CCCAAUCCUCCAAUUUUCCGCACAUUCACCUCCCCCCCGCCCCGCGGUCUCUGACGAGUUUCCGGUUCCGGGCCGUGCGCUCUGGGCCAUGAUGGCGGACACCAGGAGUCAGUUGUAUCUGGGCGCGGGGUUGACGGUGCUAUCCCACCCGCUUAUGUACGUCAAGCUGCUGAUCCAGGUCGGUCAUGAGCCCAUUGCACCAGUGAUGGGUCGAAACAUCUUCAGACGACCAGUUCUCCAGCUGCCCGGACUCUUUACAUAUGCCAAGCACAUUGUGAGCAUCGAUGGAAAGUGGGGUCUGUUUAAAGGCCUAACACCUCGCUUGUGUGCAGGAACCAUUGGGACCAUUGUACAUGGCAAAGUACUGCAGAGCUAUCAGGAGAUGAAAGAAAAUGAGUGCACCGAAAUGGAGAAAACUGGGCAGGAGCCAUCACUACACCAUGUGGUUGAAGAGACAAUGCGAGAGAUGAUUGCUCGUUCCACAGCCACUAUCGUCACUCAUCCCUUUCACGUGAUCACAUUACGAUGCAUGGUGCAAUUCAUUGGCCGGGAAACAAAAUACAGUGGGCUAUUCGGUUCCAUAGUAACAAUCUACGAGGAAGAGGGAGUUUUUGGCUUUUUUGCUGGUCUGUUUCCUCGACUGCUGGGUGAUGUGAUUUCUUUAUGGCUUUGUAACAUGUUGGCCUAUCUCAUCAACACCUAUGCAUUGGAGCCCCCCAGUCAGGGCUCACACAUCGGGGAGCUGAGGAGUUACUCACAGGCCGUGACUGGGUUUCUAGCCAGCAUGCUGACAUAUCCCUUUGUGCUUGUGUCCAACCUGAUGGCGGUCAACAACUGUGGGCUGGCUGGUGGUCUCCCUCCUUACGCAGCAGUGUACUCUUCAUGGAUUGACUGCUGGCACCAACUGAGCCGAGAGGGAAACCUGAGCCGAGGAAACAGUCUAUUUUUCCGGAAGGCUCCAGCUGGACGAACGUAUGCAGUUGAACAAAAGCGAUUUGUGUAGAUGCACGAGGUGAUGAGCUGCGAACUGAAAGGGACCAGUCAGUACUCGGGGAUCCAGCUGAUGUGAACGUUCCAAAGCCCUUGCGACAGUCCUGUCUGCAGUGAGUGUCCACAGCCAGCACUGGGGAGUGUUGUGUAGCCCUCCAACUGUACUGGUUCCUUGCUGAAUGAGGUACAAUGAUAAAAGAGCAGUAAAGCAGGCCUUUAUGUGUAGGAUUCAUCAACUGCCAUGUGUUGGAGUCUAUUUAAUAAAACAAAUUUGCAUAGCACUAUAA